CCAUGUUCCGAAUUUCGAUCGAAAGUGAAUUGAAAUCACUUUUCAAUUUCACGUGAAAUGAAAUUGCAUGUUCUUGAAUUCGAUCGAUUUCGAAAACUUCGAAAUUGUUUCGAACUGUCAGAACUGAAGGACCAUCCAUUUUUAUUUUGUUUCUGAAGUAAAAUUUUUGGUGUUUUCAAGAUGGAUGCAAUAUUAUUGGCAAUUUUAAAUGAAAAAAGGAAGCAGAAUUCAAGAGAAAAAAUAAGAAGACGAAUUUUGCGAGACAAUUCAAAUAUAUUGGAUUUACCUGACACAAUCUUUCAUGGUAAUUUUAGAUUAAGCAAAGACGCUUUUUUAUAUGUUCUAAGGGAAAUAGAACCUUUUAUAAUAACUUCAUCGAUUCCUUCAAUUCAAAAACUUGCUGCAACCCUCCGAUUCCUAGCAGAAGGAAGCUAUCAAAGAUCAAUUGGCAAUGAUUUAGACAUAGCUUUGGCAAGGCCAACGGUUUGUAAAAUCAUUGAAGAAGUUUUAAAUGUUUUGCAAUCUAAAUUGUGCAACAAGUGGAUCAAACUACAGAUGACUGAAACAGAACAGCAAGAUUCAAAAAGAUUUUUCCUUGAGAACUACGGAAUCCCAGGAGUCAUAGGAUGUGUCGAUGGGACUCACGUGAAAAUUGUGAAACCUCACGGCGAAGAUUCAAAUUUGUAUUACAACAGGAAGGGCUACCAUAGCCUCAACGUUUUACUUAUUUGUGAUUAUAAAAUGAAGAUCAGAUCUGUUGAUGCAACACAUCCUGGGGCAAGCCAUGACUCUUUAAUAUGGUCUAUGAGUGAUGCAAGGCAUCAUUUUUGGGAACAAUAUCAAAGUGGACAACGGGGUUCUUGGUUGCUAGGAGAUGCUGGAUUCGCGCUUGAGUCUUUUGUACUUACUCCGUACAGAUUUAGUCAGAGCGGCACAAAUCAGUCAAAUUUCAAUAGGAGGCAUGCCUCAGCUAGAAAUGUUAUAGAAAGAACCAAUGGAAAUCUUAAAACACGUUUUAGAUGCUUAUUGAAUACAUUGUAUUAUUCGCCACAAAAGGCGGUGAAAAUUGUAAACGUCUGCUGCGCCCUUCAUAACAUUUGCAAAGAAUUCAAUUUGGAUAUGCAAUGUGAAUCUAGAAUUGAACAAAAUGAUUCUGAUACAGAGGAGGAUGCUAGCGAAAACUUUCCAGAAGAGGCAGCCCUUAUAAGAGAUUCAAUUGCACAAACUAUGUUUUCUUGAUUGCAACAUAAUAAUAAAAAAAAGAAAAUACA